AUGUCAAGUGAUGAAAAUUCCGGCUUCCACCUUCGUUGGAAUUCAUUUUGGGAAGAACAAUUUCCAGAUGAAUGGCUGCUUUUUAUUCGGAAAAUGAAAAACUCUAUUCAGUUGGAACUACGGAGUGCGUUAGAACGGGGGAUUCAAUCGACACCUCAACAUGUAACGGCUUCAUACGUAAAUUUUUUAGAACACUACAGCAAAUACUGUAAGGAUUGGAAGGAAUGCCCACCAGAAGACUACAUGGAGAAAUGUUUUCUGUUGUUAAAUGAAGAAUGUUUUUUUGAAGAAUUAACAGAAAAUAAAUUGAAUGCAGGGAACUAUAUACCAUCCUGGGUUUAUAAUAUAAUGAUGAAACUUUUAUUCAGUACAAUGGCACAAUACCGUAAAUCUAAAGAUCCUUUAACCUUAUUACAACUAUGUAGAAGAACCUUACAGCAUGGACAACAUCAAGAAGUACUAGCUGGACUUCGAUUUUACUUCGAAAAAAUCAAAGACCCUUAUUUGCGAAGAAAACUAUUUAAUACAAAGCUGAUUAAUUCAGCAGAUUAAGCACAAGGUAUAUG